AUCAUUGUGCGACCAGCAGAGUCAAUAUGGCGAGCGGGAGGAAGAGCGCGCUUCUGUCUUCUUUAGCUGCUUAUGGUGACGAUUCGGAACCGGACUCAGAGCCGGAGUCUGAGGGACAAGAGGCUCAUGGGAGUUUGGUGUCAGCCAGUUACGGGGACGAUGAUGUGGGUCGAGCUGAAGAUGGAGAAGAGAAAGACUCCGGGAACGAAGAGAGUGACGACAACGAGGGAAACUCGGAGGUGGACGAUUCGGACUCGGCUGAACCUCACGACGAAUCAAAGGAUGUUCUAACUGCGGAAAAGAAGGAUCCCAAUGAGUUGGUUGCCCAGUUUUCAGAGAAAGUGAGGAACAUGUCUCCUGGGGAAAUCCGUAUUCCUCCUGAACCCCCAGGCCGCUGCUCCAAACACCUACAGGACAAGAUUCAUAAACUGUAUGAAAGAAAGUUACAUGGAGAUUUCGACACCAACAGCCACAUCCAGAAGAAGAAAGAAUUUCGUAACCCCAGUAUUUAUGAGAAACUGAUCCAGUUCUGUAGUAUUGAUGAACUCGGGACAAAUUACCCUAAAGACAUGUUCGAUCCUCACGGCUGGUCUGAAGACUCCUAUUACGAGUCCUUAGCCAAAGCUCAGAAAAUCGAGAUGGAAAAACUAGAGAAAGCCAAAAAGGAGCGGACGAAGAUUGAGUUUGUGACGGGAACAAAGAAAGGCACAAACACAAAUGCUGCUGCUGUGACCACUAACACCACCACCACCUCCACAGAUGCUCAGAAGAGGAAGAGUAAGUGGGACUCUGCAGUUCCGGUCACUCUUUCCCAGCCGGUACUGCUCACCACCUCCGCCCCGCUGCCCGGUGUUGUUUCCGUCACCACCACCGCCAGCGGCACGAAGACCACCGUUAUAUCUGCCGUGGGCACCAUCCUGAAAAAGGCCAAGCAGUGACCUCACACACCUGAGCCAGGUAACACCCCACUCACAGGAAGUGAUGUCAUCCUCCAAUUUAACUGGACUGCUUUCCAUUGUGUGAUGACGUCACUGCACUGGAGAGUCACUCCACAGUACUGGACUUUAUCAGGAAGGAGUUUCUCACCUGUUAGUAUCACAAGCAGGUUUAUUCUUCACUCACCUCUUUAUCUGUUCAUCAUUAACAGCUCAGGAGUUUAGUGCAACUCCUUUACGGUCUGCUUUAGAAAUUUUAUCUGUUUUUAAUUUUGCACCCUAAAUAUUUUGUAGCCUUCUUCACCUUCAUCUUCUCCUGAAGUUCAUUCUGUCUGAAACUCUUUUAAAUGCUCGUCUUCACUGUGUUUAGUUUUUAUUUCCUGAAUGAUGGUGAGGUCAUGAGACCAAAUAAAUCAGUGAUUAAAUCCAUGAUGAGGAUUAAAAUAAACAUUUUGUAUUGUUGUGUA